AUGGCCUCGACGUCGAGUGGGACGCCAGCUGUGCGCUCUGCUGCCGGCAGCCAGGAAGGCCAGCCAAGGGCGUCUGCUUGGGGCAAGUCUCGUCCCGCGGGCGGUGCCUUGGCAGGUCCAGCAGCGCAGGCUAGCAAUGUGGACUCAAAGGCCGCUGCCGCCAAGCCGAGCUCUGACGGCACAGCCACAAAGCCAGAGAGUACAUCUGGUAGCACUCGCAAGCCUUCAGUGGCCGCUGUCGUUGCUUCUGGGCCGCCUACAUCGAUUAGCUCCGUCGUGCCACUUGAGAGCAAAGCAGUUGCUGCUGUUGCGGGCUCGUCAGUCUCACAGCAACCCGCUCAGCAGUCUGCUUGGACGAAGAAGCCUGCAUCCAUCACUUCUGCGCCCGCUCAGGCCAGUCGACGUCCAGCAGCCAACAGCUCGAGGCCAGUCAAAGAGCUAGGUGGAAUGCUCGGUGCGACAGUCAGACUGCAUCUCUCGCCCAUCGCAAACUUGCCUAGCCCAGACAGAGAUCUAGCAGAAGGCGUCGUAUGGGGCUUCGAUGCAAGCCUAGGCUUUGUCGCGCUCGAGAUUGCAGUCAAAACGACGACGGCUGCCCAGACGGGGACCGCGAACGACGCAAAGCAAGCAAAGACCUACCAGCUCGUUCGACUCGAUAGGAUACGUUCCUACGAGCUAGUACAGCCGACACCAUCCGACUUUGUACCCAUGAUUGUGCAGCGAUUCCCGCAAAAGGUACUCGUCAAUCGCGAAAAGGCAGCAGUACGCGCAGAGACCGUUGCAGCGGCUCGCGUUGGACCAAAGGGAGUCACACCUCUCGGCCAAGCCAUCUACGACGCUCUCGCAAAGACUCUGCCCGUGAGGUGGCACAAGACGAAUAUCAUCGUCAUGGACGAAAUCCUGAUCAGCCCGCCCUACAACCCGCCAGACUGCCGCACGAGUGCAGACGAUCCAGGCGCGAACGGACGCUUGCUCAGGAUUCAGAAAGUUCUCGAGGGCGAGAGGACGAAAGUACUGAGGCAACAGCCUGGCUUGAGCUCAGCGUAG